AUGGCAUCAUGCAUUGUUGUAGGCUGUGCUGACUGUGACUCGUCUGUUUUUGGAUGCUCGGAUAUCUGGAAGAGGUCCGUUUCGAAGGAAUUUCGUUGCCCACUGUCAAUAAACCGCAACCCGCGGGAACAUGCUGUCGUGUGCAUUUACAGGUGGUGCAAAAAAACGGGAUGUGGUUGCACGUGUGAUUUUUCAAGGCUCUGUACAAUUCCGUGCUCCUUGACACGCAAUGUACGUGAUCUCACUUCAUGCACUCGUCGCAUUGCAAUGCCAGGUGUUUGUCCAGAAUGGGUGCUCGACAUGUCACACACUAUUUUAAAG